AUGCUCAUAAAGAAAACCAAUGCUCGAUGUCCAUUAAAACUUAAAACUUUGGGCUUCCUUGUAUUCAAAAAGAUAGCUUUAUUUUCUUUUUACAAAAAUUCUUUGGAGAUUUUUAGAUACUGUUGGAAUGAUGACUUUAUUGAAAAUCUUUGCAUUUCUAAAAUUUUAUUUGAUAAUGAUAGCAUAAACAUUAAUUCUGAAUACAAAUUAGAUUGCAAUUAUAAACACAACAAUAAUAAAAGAUGUGUGAAUUCUCAUACCACUAAAAUCAAUGUUUUUGUUAAUAUGCUGCUAAAUGGCUAUCCUUUGAAUGACAAAAUUGGAUUUUUGGUAACAGCACAUUUAAUAAUCUCGUUAAAAGAAAUUGCUUUGAUAUUUAAUAUAAACAAAAAACAAACUCAACAGCUUUUAAAAAUAUCAAAUUAUAGGUUAAGAAAUUUUCUUUCAGCAGAACUUCUAAACCCGGUAGAAAAUUCCAAAAAUCUGAAACAAGUUUUCUUAAAAAAUAAGAAAUCUAAAAUUAACCAAAAUGAUUCUUGA